UCGAUCCCAAACCUUAGAAGUUCAAUAUUUUUAUCCAUUCGUUCUCAUAUAAUCCAUUUGUCCUAUACCAAACUUAGCCUCUUAACUAUCCAUUCGUUCUUAUAGAUAAUCCAUUUAAUUUGUUCUAUCAUUCAACUGAUCAAAAUUAAGUUCAAUUCUUGGGCGUACGUAAUCAGUUUGAAUUAAUGAUGUUGACGAAGAGAGCAGCAUCGUCUUCUUUGCAAAUCCAGCCCCCAACUUAUGGGAAUUUGGUAACCAUUCUCAGCAUUGAUGGAGGCGGCGUUCGAGGAAUCAUUCCUGCCACCAUCCUUGCUUAUCUUGAAUCCCAGCUGCAGGAGCUGGACGGGAAGGAUGCAAGACUUGCUGAUUACUUCGAUGUGAUUGCUGGAACAAGCACAGGUGGUCUUGUCACGGCCAUGUUAACUGCUCCGAAUGAACAUAACCGUCCUCUUUUUGCUGCCACAGACAUCAAGGAAUUCUAUCUGGAGCACUCCCCUAAGAUCUUCCCACAAAAUCGGGGCCUAUUUGCAUCGAUUAGAAACACCUUCAAGUUACUGAAUGGGCCCAAAUACGACGGAGCUUACCUUCACCACAUCAUAAGGGAGAAGCUUGGAGAAUCCCGGCUGCAUCAGACCUUGACCAACGUUGUUAUUCCCACAUUCGAUAUCAAGAAUAUGCAGCCAACCAUUUUCUCCUCUUAUGAGGUGAAAGACUCACCACUGUUAGAUGCUCGGCUGUCUGACAUAUGCAUAAGCACAUCCGCAGCCCCAACUUACCUUCCAGCCUAUCAUUUCAAGAACCAAGAUGAUCAAGGAAAUGUUCGGGAAUUUCAUCUCAUCGAUGGUGGAGUGGCUGCAAAUAAUCCGGCUUUACUUGCAAUAAACCAAGUGACAAAGCAGAUGUUCAACCAGCAUCCGGAUUUUUUCCCAAUUAAGGCCAUGGAAGUUGAACGGUUGCUGGUUAUAUCCAUAGGCACUGGCUCCGCAAAGCUGGAAAAGAAGUACAGUGCUAAAAUGGCAGCCAGCUGGGGUGUGCUUGGUUGGUUGCUUAAUGGGGGUUCCACUCCAUUAGUGGAUGUUUUUAGUCAAGCAAGUGGAGACAUAGUCGAUCUUCUUAAUUUUGUAGUUUUCCAAGCUUUCCAUUCAGAAGACAAAUAUCUUCGUAUUCAAGACGAUACCUUAAUUGGGACAGAAUCUUCUGUUGAUGUUUCCACGGAAGAGAACUUAAAUAGACUAGUGACAAUUGGUGAAACACUAUUAAAGAAACCAGUUUCAAGGGUAAACUUAGAAAUGGGCAUAUGUGAUCCAAUGCCGAAUGGAGGCACCAAUGAAGAAGCUUUGAAAAGGUUUGCCAAACUGCUUUCAGAUGAAAGGAAACUUCGACUGUUAAGAUCCCCACGUACAAACAAAGGUUCAACCUAUAGAACAAUCACUUGAAGUCUACAUCACCUUUAUUGUCAUUAAUUAUAUUAGAUUCACUCCUUUGUUCAUGCGAAGGAUUUUAUUCAAUUUAUUAUUUUUGCAUAUGUUCAAUUUAUGUAAGUGAUGACCAAAUGUACGUAUUUGUUAAUUUAUUGUUGCAAUGAAUGAAUAAACAUUGGUGCAA